AUGAUCAUCCCCGUCAGGUGCUUCACCUGCGGAAAGGUGAUCGGGAAUAAGUGGGACACAUACCUGGACUUGCUGCAGGCUGAAUACACAGAAGCGGAUGCACUGGACGCACUUGGCCUCACUCGGUAUUGCUGCCGGCGCAUGCUCAUGACACAUGUGGAUCUGAUCGAGAAGCUUCUCAACUACAACACUCUGGAGCGUGCACCUGAGGCCAAUGAGCCAGCUGCCCAAUAA